AUGCGUAGCUUGUUUGGGGCCCCGCGGCCCCCCAUCAUCGCGACGCCGCCUGCGUCCGGCGACGUCUUCGGCGACGACGUCGAGGCGGGCGCGCGGACGCCGGGCAGUCGCGGCCCCGCUUCGCCGGACGCGAGGGCUGGAGGCACGUCGGGGGGGCCCGAGGCAGUGCAGCCGCGGCGGACGCGCUCGCAGAAGGCCGUGCAGCUCAUUCACAGGAGGUACGAAGUCGAUGGCGCGACGACGUCGGCGGUCGUGGAAGGGCACACGAUCGAGAGGCUGCUGCUCGCGCUGUCGGGCGACGGAGAGUCGCUCGAACGCCUGCGCACGGGCGUCCCGGGCGGCCAGGAGCCCAGCGACGAGGCGCUGGUGCAAGCACUGGCAAGCUGCUCGCAAGCCCAGAUCACGGAGCUCCGCGCCCUCGCCCAGGAGAUGUCCCGCGUGCGCAAGGGCCGCUCGAAGCGCCUCUUCCGCCAAAUCGCGCGCGAGUGCGCGCGGCGAGUGCCCCAGGCAGACGGCGCAGGCCCCUCCGCGCCGGAACCGCGCGCCCUCCCCGGCCAGCCCGACCCGCGGCACCCCACGGGCCUCCGCCCGCUGCAGCCCCUCCCCACGAGCCUCUCCGCCACGACCGCCGCGUUCGCCGGCGGCGGCUCGUUCCGCGUGCGCCACUCGGGCGCGUCGCUCUCCAGCCGGGAGACCGCGGCCCUCGACGCGCGGCAGUCGGGCCGCGGCGACUCCGCUCACAGGGACGACGGCGCGGAGGAUCGCUGGCACGGCGACCCGGAGCUGCAGGAGGUGUGGAGCGCGGUCGACGACGUGGCCGCCAAGCUGCAGGCGCGCCUCGAGCGGUUCCGUGCGGGCGCGGCGGGCGAGGCGGGCGCGGAGGGGGCGAAGUCGAGCGGGGAGGGACCGGCGUCGCCUGCGCGCGAGCUCGGCGACGCGAGGGCGGCGGAUUUGUUGCGGUUCGUGGAGCGCAGCGGGGAGCCGAGCUGA